AAAAAAAUCUCAAACUUAUCCGGUAAUAAUAUAAUACAAUAUUGAGGAGCUCACCACAACCACAAGGAUCGGCAAUUUUAUGACAGUCCCUCAAAUUAUCUUUGUUUGCAUUUAUCCAUAAUUUUACAUCAGAAUUCCUUCCCCAUGGCGUUUUGCCAACUCUGAUACGUUGAGGGUAAAAGAUGUUAACUGAGUGAAAACUGGGAGGGGUAUUUUCAAAAACUUCCAAAACAUUGAUAAGAAGGGAGAAAGAUGGUCUUCUUCGCAGUAAAAUUAAGGGUCGGCCAUGGCAGUCGUCUUCCUCUUCCCCUGCUUUCUUUUGCUCCUCUGGUUCACCUUGAAGCACUUGCUUCCCGGGAAGAGCAACGGGCCAAGCCUCCCGCCGUCGCCUCCCGGCCUCCCCUUCCUCGGCAACCUCCUCCAGCUGAGCUCCCUCCCCCACCGCUCCCUCCACCGCCUCGCACUCCGGUACGGCCCUGUCAUGCUCAUCCGCAUGGGACAAGUCCCCACGCUCGUUGUCUCCUCCGCUGACGCCGCGCAGGAGCUCUUCCGGUCCAACGACCUCGCCGUCUCCACCCGCCCCUUCUCCAAGGCUGCCUUCAAGCUCACCUUCGACGCCCGCAACAUCUCCUUCGCCCCCUACGGCGACCACUGGCGCCACUCCAAAAAGCUCGCCGUCGUCCACCUCCUCAGUCCCAAGCGCGUCCUCUCCUUCCGCGCCGUCCGCGACGAAGAAGUACAAAACAUGAUCGAUCGCAUCUGCGCCGCCGGCGCCGCUGGUGGCGGCUGCCAGGUCCGUCUGAGCGAAAUCCUGUUCGAUUACGCCAACGGCGUGGUGUGCCACGCGGCGGCUGGGAAAGAGACGAAACAGGGGAGGACGGCGGUAACGUACCGGAAGAUGGUGGCGGACGCGUCGGUGCUCAUAAGCGGGUUCCAGGUGGACGACAUGUUCCCUGCGCUCGCGUGGUUCAGCGCCGUCACCGGCGUGGACGCCAAGCUCGACCGGAUGAGGAAGCGGUUUGACGAGUUCUUUACCGGAAUUCUGGAAGAGCACCGGGAUCGACGGGCCAAUCGUUCCGACGUCGUAGAACACUUCGUGGACAUUUUGCUCUCACUCGACGAAUCCGGACUCGAAGAAAUCGAUAUCAAAGCCAUCACCUCCGAUUUGAUCGCGGCUGGGACGGAUACAUCCUUCACGACCCUGGAAUGGGCGAUGGCGGAGCUGAUGCGCAACCCAACGGUGAUGUGGAAGCUCCAGGAUGAAGUGCGGCAAGUCGCCGGCAGCAAGAUGAAGGUGGAAGAGAAGGACUUGAGCCAAAUGCACUACCUAAAAGCGGUGAUGAAGGAGGUCCUCCGAUUGCGAAUUCCAGCGCCGAUGCUUCUCCCACGGGAAACCACGACCAGCUUCUCGUUGCGAGGCUAUCAUAUCCCUGCGAAGGCGAGGGUCUUCAUCAACGCCUGGGCCAUCGCGAGGGAUCCAAAAACCUGGGAAGCGCCGGAGGAGUUCCGGCCGGAGAGAUUUCUCGACAGCGGCGUGGACUUCAGGGGCAAUGACUUCCAGUUCCUGGCGUUUGGAGCUGGUCGCAGGAUGUGCCCUGGAAUCAAUUUCGCCAUGGCCACCAACGAGAUCGCUCUGGCCAACCUCGUGCACCGCUUCGACUGGGAGUUGCCGGACGGCAUGAACCCUGCGGAUUUGGACAUGGAAGAAGCUCCCGGACUCACGACUCCAAAGAAGGUGCCGCUUUGCCUGGUAGCCACUCCAUGGAUAUCUGGUCGCCACUAGAGAACUAAAAGAGUUUAUUACAGCAAUAAAAAUCAUCAACCUGUUGUUUUAAAUCUCCAGCUCGAUCACAGCACUACAUGUAACAGAACGAAGUAAGAUAUACCAAAAGAAAGAACUUUAUCACAA